UUUGCAGUUGAAGUGCCUCGAUCGAACAUCCGGACGGCUGUCGACGCCAUCAAGACAUCUCGAAAGGUCGGCGUUCCACAAUCAAACAUUCAACUAAGCCCCAUCAACGACUCUGUGCCAGCCACAGACCGGACGAAUGCGGCAGCCAUGCUGGAUCCUCCCGUGCUUGCAACCAAAAUGGCACAUGACCUCCAACGUAAAAUGAGCCAGGACUUCAUGGAGGAGAGACUCCGCAACCGGAACAAGCUGCCUCUGAUGGCCAACAAGUCUAUCAGCUCCGAACUUUUAAGGACUAUCAACAAGCACGAUGUAACUGUGGUUCUGGCCAAAACAGGCUCUGGUAAGACAACACAAGUGCCUCAGUUGAUUCUUGAGGAGAGGGUGUUGCUCAGUCGCGGACCCUCCACUAGCAUCAUAUGUGCCCAACCUCGACGUAUCGCAGCAACCUCGGCGGCUCGAAGGGUCGCCUAUGAACGUGGGGAGGUCUUGGGAAGCCAUGUUGGCUAUGUCAUUCGUAACGACAACGAGUCCCCCAAACACACGCCGAGCAUUGCAUUCUACACGAUAGGUAUUCUCAUGCACCGAUUGAUCACGGGCGGACGGCAGAUGCUCCAAGCUCAUUCACAUAUCAUAAUUGAUGAAGUGCAUGAACGAGAUGCUCAGAUUGACUUGGUGUUGUCACUGCUUCGGAGAACCAUUUCAAUGCUCAAGGCGACCCAUCAACCAUAUCCCAAAGUCGUCCUGAUGAGUGCCACAAUCGAUCCAAGCCGAUUCCUCGACUAUUUUCGUGACCCGAUCGAGGAGGGUUCUCAGCUUUCUGCAGAAAGCUUCGAAGUCGAAGGCCGAAAUCAUACUGUACAAACACGUCAUCUGCAUGAAAUUCUGAAAGAAUUGUCACACGAGAAUGAGCUGCAUCCUACAAUGGAAACACUAUUGCAAGGCAAAGGUCGAAGAUCUAGUGCAAGCUAUAUCAAGAAUGAACUGCUCUUCGCCUCUGCUGCUCGGGACAGAAUACACUCGCUGUCAGAGCAGGGAAGGCUUGCAAACGGGGAACUUCGGCAGGAGCUGGCGGUGGUCGAUGCACCAGCGACUUCGCUCGACUCACCUUCCAACAAUUACUUGGGUCUUGUCGUUGCAGUGGUUGCUUAUAUAUCUGCUGUAAAACCGGAUGGCGACAUACUAGUAUUUCUGCCAGGGAAAUUGGACAUUGACACCGUCCACGACGAACUGAUCAGGACCAAACCCCUUGACCUCGACUUUCAAGAUGAGAGCAGGUUCAGGCUUUUCAAGCUCCAUUCAAGCCUGCGAGACACCAAUGAUAUGGUCUUCGACAGUGUCCCUGGGGGCUGCCGCAGAAUCAUAUUAGCAACGAAUAUCGCCGAGACCUCAAUUACGCUGCCAGAGGUUGUCCAUGUCGUGGAUACGGGCAAGGCGAGAACUGCUGUCUUCGAUCCUCUUACGCUGACCAGGAGCCUUCCCUUCGAAUGGAUCAGCAGGACCAACUCGAUUCAACGUCGUGGUCGGGCUGGGCGCGUCCGCGAUGGACACUAUUACGCAUUGUUUUCUCAAGAACGGUACGAAACAUUUCGAGCGAUGGCGCAACCCCGAAUUACUGUGUCCAACGUCGUGGACAUUGUGCUUCUCUUGUCGGCCUACCCACAACCAUAUCCAGGGGGACCUAGGGCCUUUUUGCGCGGCAUGAUGGAUCCUCCCAGCGAGGCAGCUAUUGACUCAGCCUACAAAGAAUUGACCAGCCUCGAAGCCUUAUCAAAUGGGAGAAUUACCAAACUCGGAUGGAUCUUUGCUCAAAUGGGCAUUCCUCCUUCGGCUGCCAAAGCUGUGCUACUUGGGGUUCUCUUUGGCUGUCUGGAACCAAUGCUGAUCCUUGCGUGCCAUGAUUUCAACAACCCCUUGAUUUACAAUGGAGAGAUCAGUAUCAGUGCCAUUCGGGAGACCAAGCGACUGUACGACCGAGAUCUUGAGAGUGACUUACCGAUUCUCAUUGACGCAUUUCGAGAAUAUCAUGCGGCUUAUCGAAGCGGCAACAGUGCCUUGAUGGACAAGCUACACGAAAGCAGAUCCAUUAGACAUGCUUCCUAUAUGGAGAUGAUGUUGACAAGCAAAGCCAUUCACGAAGUCCUCACGAAACUUGGGUUGGUACCUGAGCCGCUUGGAUCUGGCGACACCAUCUUUGAGAAUCUGCCGGCAAACGUCGACUUUAACAAAGACAAUAUGCUUUUGGUCAAGGCUUUGGCGGUCAACACUAUUAGUGCCGAGAUCGCCGCCUGGUCCGCCAAGACUGUUCGGUGGGAGCUGGAUGUACCGAGCGAAGGGUAUAUAUCGCGAAACAGCGUCAACUAUGAAGACAAGAAAUCGGUACGAAGAAUCAAGCGUAAACACAGGAGCGAUGGCCGUCUCAUGGCAUACGCAUGGAAAAGGAACAUCGAUGAUUCGGAGAAGGAUGAGGCCUGGCUUGAACAUACAACCAUGGUGACGCCACUGGUAGCUAUCCUGUUCAGUCGCAGCGCCGUACUGGAUGCCCCUAAUGUCGUUGAGCUCAACAAGUGGCUUCGGCUUGAAUUAAAAUCCCAUGGCGCGGACACAGGACUCGUUAACCACACAGCACGCAUUCUGACGGAAACCAAGAAGACUCUGGAUCGAUUUAUGACAUAUUCGUGGCGUCGGCUAAUACCAAGUUAUACUGGACAGGACCAUGCCACCAAGCUGACGGCCUCCGAAAAGCUUCAUCGUCUAGUUCAACAGGACUGUCGUGUCAAAAGGUUAUUGAGCACGCCUGGGUUCAGGAAUAAGAUGGUCACUGCUAUUACAACGAUGCUUAGUGCAGACGAUGUGUACUGGGCUGCUUAUCGAACAAAGCGCCGUGCUGAGAUUGACGCGGAGGAAGCGAGACUCGCAGAAGAGGCACGGCAGAUGGCUAACCCCGAGGACGGGGAACCACCCAAGUCAAGUUCUACCGGGAUAUCCGUCACUGAAGCUCAAGAGAACGAUGAUUAUGAUGAGAUCCUGGUGGCAGCAGAAAAGGUGGCUUUGCAGACUGACGACGACUCAGGGGCCCGAGACUUUUCGUCAGAAGUCCCUAACAGCGUGCAGGUGGAUGGAGUCCCGAACGCAACAGACAGUACGUCACAGAUAUUCGAGGACGAUGAAGCGGAGCAGAAGAGUUCGGCUGCGACAUCUUGA